AUGUUGUCCAAUUGGAAGUGCAGGCAGACAAUAACAGCUGCGCCCCUAGACUGCUACAAGUCCAGCGUUAUUAUGGACGGAACUCUUGUGCUGGGCAGAAACAAAGGGUUUGUAGAGGUCUACAAAAUAGGCCCGGGCCUGAAAAAGAGAAUAGAGUUCAAAAGCCACUCGCCCUGCUUUGACUAUCUUAGAAGCACGGAGAUUUCUGAAUCUGUGGAGAACGUAGAGAUCGUGCCUUCUGGGACAAAGGAGAUUCUGGUGGUGAGUGCAAACCAAAAGUGCCUGAAGCUGUGGAACAUACACUCGUCCUUUAUUGAGGCAGAGACCUCCUCGCACGUUAUUGAGUCGUGCACAGACUCCUCGUUUUCGUACGAAAUGCCUGUCGACAGCACAGACGACACCCAGUCUGAAAGAAUCAAGAAGAUCUUUACAUGCGAGAGCAAGAAAAAAACCCGGGCCGUGCUGGAGGGCCAGCGCGCGCCAGAAAACGUGUACAGCAUACACAGCGUGUCUGUGUCCAACACCGGAGAAAGCGUUCUUGUUUCGGACGAGCUGACUGUUAUGAUCAUGGAUGCAAAGCUGGAGGCUCCCUGGACCGUGCUAAACCUGAAGCCGUCGAAGAACGAAGAGCUGUCCAAGGUGAUCACCACCGCGCGCUUCGCAGAAAAGGCAAGCAGCGUCUUUGUGUAUGGAACCGCCGGCGGAAUGAUGUUUGUGCACGACCUAAGAGACUGCUUAAAGGGCGGGUGCGUGCAAACCAUCCAGGCCCCAAAGAGACUUGACUUUUAUAACGAAGUGGUGCAGCCUAUCUCAGACAUUCAGUUUAUUUCCGACAACACCAUUGCGAGCAGGGACCUGCAAUACGUUGUCACGCACGAUCUCCGCAACACAAGCUGCAACGUGCUGGAGCACGACGUGUAUCCGCUUGUGCGCAGAAACAUUUCAGAGCUGUACGACUCGGACGAAAUAUUCUCCAAAUUUAAAAUGGCUGUGUCUGGCGAAAAAAUAUAUACAGGGUCCUUCAACACAGCGCUCACUGAAGUAGACACAAAGUCGAAUGCGGUGAAAAGAAUAUUUCUGGACGAGGAGCUAGAGUCUGCCACCCGAAUAAUAGAAGGGAAAAAAAUUUCGUGCGUCUCUGCCCAGGAGGACUGCAUGGUGACUGCGUAUGGAAACCAGUGCUUUAUAUUCCGAGACACUGAGAAAGCCUAG